AUGGCGAAGAAUACGGCUCCUCCAGAGGGUACAUCUCCUGCCAAACCUGACCAUGAACUAUCAACAUCACCAAACACAGACGAACCUCCAGACGGUGGUUAUGGCUGGGUGUGCACCGUGGCCGCCGCCGUGAUCAACGCCCAUUCAUGGGGCUUCAACUCCGCCUACGCCGUCUUCCUGGCAUAUUACCUUGAUAACGACGUUUUCCCAGGCGCCACAGCACUCGAAUACGCCUUUGUAGGAUCCCUCAGUCUUACAUUCCUCUUCCUGACCUCUCCCAUCGCCACGCUGGCCGUUCGCAAAGUCGGCAUCCGGCCAACGAUGUUCUGCGGUGUCGUCUUCGAAACCGCCAGUUUGAUCUGCGCCAGCUUCGCCUCACACACCUGGCAUCUCUUCCUCACGCAAGGCGUCCUAUUCGGCAUGGGCCUCGGACUCCUCUUCAUCCCCACCGCCGCUGUCGUCCCGCAGUGGUUCACCACUAAACGAUCACUCGCCAGCGGCAUCUCGCUUUCCGGCGCGGGUCUAGGCGGCCUCAUCUACGCUCUCUCCGCAUCGGCAAUGAUCCGCAAUCUCGGUCUAGACACCGCGUUCCGUAUUCUCGCCAUCCUCGCCUUCGUGGUUAACACGAGCUGCACGCUGCUCAUCAAAGACCGCAGUGCCAGUGCUGUAAACUCUACGACCCCAGAUCCACCGGUCUUCACCAUCGCCUUGCUCCAAAAGCCCGAAUACCUACUCCUCCUGGGCUUCAGCGCCUUCACCAUGCUCGGGUACUUCGUCCUCAUCUUCUCCCUGGCCAACUACGCCACCGAAAUCGGCCUCUCCUCGACCCAGGCGUCGCUUGCCAGCGCAAUCUUCAAUCUCGGCCAAGCCGUCGGCCGCCCCCUAGCGGGUUACUUCAGCGACACGACCGGCCGCGUCAACAUGGCCGCUAUCCUCACCUUCGUGGCGGGGAUCCUCCCGCUCGCGAUCUGGACGAACGCGCACAGCUACGGCGUGUUAAUGUUCUUUGCUAUCGGCGAGGGGCUGGUGGCGGGGUCGUUUUGGGCGACGAUUGCGCCCCUGGUCGCGGAGGUUGUCGGGUUGAAGGGGGUCGCGUCGGGGUUAAAUUUGUUGUGGUUGGCGAUUGUGGUGCCGUGUACGGUUAGCGAGCCGAUUGCAUUGGAGAUCUUUAAGGGGACGGGGAGUUAUCUGGGGACGCAGCUUUUUACGGGGUUGAUGUAUGUGGCGGCGGCGGGGUUUAUGGUUUUGUUGAGGGGGUGGAGGGUUGGUGUUGAGGAGGGGAGGGUGAGUAGUCGUGGUGGUGAUGGGGGGAGAGUGAAGAGGUGUUGGGAGUUUGGGAGACGGUGUUUUAGAUGGGCGAAUGUGUGA